AUGACAAUCAUCCUUACUUCAUUGAAAUGUCCACACUCUAAAUUGGAGACACUAAGGCUAAACAGAUGUUCCCUGACCAAGAAAUGUUGUGAAGUGUUGGCAUCAGCUCUCAAGGCAAGCCUCUCUUCCCUGACAAAACUGGACCUGAGUCACGAUGACCUGCACGAUACAGGAGUGAAAUGGCUCUCCGCUGGUCUGCAGAAUCCAAACUGUAAACUAGAGAUACUAAGGCUAUCAUUCUGUGGUGUGACAGAGGAGGACUGUAAUUAUCUGGCAUCAGCUCUGGGGUCCAACCCCUCCCAUCUAAGAGAGCUGGACCUGAGCUUCAAUCACCCAGGAGAAUCAGGCUUGAAGGUUCUUUCAGCUAGACUGGAGGAUCCACACUAUAGACUGGAGAAACUCGACGUGGACCAUAAUGAAGAGUUCUGGGUGAAACCAUGGCUAUUUAGGAAGUAUGCUUGCAAGCUCACACUGGACCCAGACACAGAACACAGACGCCUCUCUCCCUCUGAGAGGACCGAACAGGUGAGGGUGAUGGAAAAUAAUCAACAAUAUCCUGCUCAUCCAGAGAGGUUUGAACACUGGCCACAGGUGCUGUGUAAAGACGGUUUGACUGGGCGAUGUUACUGGGAGGUACAGUGGAACAGGAUUGAGACUAAGAUCUGGGUGUACAGUGGAACAGGAUUGAGACUAAGAUCGGGGUGUACAGUGGAACAGGAUUGAGACUAAGAUCGGGGUGUACAGUGGAACAGGAUUGAGACUAAGUUCGGGGUGCACAGUGAAACAGGAUUGAGACUAAGAUCGGGGUGUACAGUGGAACAGGAUUGAGACUAAGAUCGGGGUGCACAGUGGAACAGGAUUGAGACUAAGAUCGGGGUGUACAGUGAAACAGGAUUGAGACUAAGAUCGGGGUGUACAGUGGAACAGGAUUGAGACUAAGAUCGGGGUGUACAGUGGAACAGGAUUGAGACUAAGAUGGGGGUGUACAGUCGAACAGGAUUGAGACUAAAAUCGGGGUGUACAGUGGAACAGGAUUGAGUCUAAGAUCGGGGUGUACAGUGGAACAGGAUUGAGACUAAGAUCGGGGUGUACAGUGGAACAGGAUUGAGACUAAGAUCGGGGUGUACAGUGGAACAGGAUUGAGACUAAGAUCGGGGUGUACAGUGGAUCAUGAUUGAGACUAAGAUCGGGGUGCACAGUGGAACAGGAUUGAGACUAAGAUCGGGGUGUACAGUGGAACAGGUUUGAGACUAAGAUCGGGGUGUACAGUGGAACAGGUUUGAGACUAAGAUCGGGGUGCACAGUGGAACAGGAUUGAGACUAAGAUCGGGGUGUACAGUGGAACAGGCUUGAGACUAAGAUCGGGGUGUACAGUGGAACAGGUUUGAGACUAAGAUCGGGGUGCACAGUGGAACAGGAUUGAGACUAAGAUCGGGGUGUACAGUGGAACAGGUUUGAGACUAUGAUCGGGGUGUACAGUGGAACAGGCUUGAGACUAAGAUCGGGGUGUACAGUGGAACAGGAUUGAGACUAAGAUCGGGGUGACAUAUAAAGAUAUCAGCAGAAAAAGACAUAGCCGUCUCUGUAAACGUGGAUCCAAUGACAAAUCCUGGUGUCUAACUGCUCUGGAAAAUAUAUCACUUGGCAUGGUUACUCUGUCUGGUCUGCCACAACAAUGAAGAGGAAGAUAUACCUCUCCCACCCCCCAACAACUCCCUUAAACCCCAGGGAGAAUCCCAACCCGCCAAAAGAGUAGGUUUAUCAGAACUGGCCGGCCGGCAUUUUGUCCUUCUACAGAGUCUCUUCUGACACAGUGCCACACCUGUAUACAUUCCAGACCACAUUCAAUGAGCCCCUCUACCCAGGGUUUAUGCUUGAACUGGGCAUUGUCAGGAUUUGACACCUAGCACUGUCCUUCUCUGUUGUACAAUUUAUUCAAAUGAGAAAGAAUUAAGGGAC